UGCUGCCGCCGCGGCGAGGCUGGAGAAGAGCGAGAAGGAAGACUUGCCAGACAAGAUCCAAAACCAGUGUGACCUUCGCCUUUCUAAUAAGGGGACUCUUUCAGAAACACUGUGUAGAGGACUCCUAGCCAGAGCUGCUUGGUGCAGGUAUGUGACUGACUCUUGGGGUACUUGCUCUCUAAAGAUUUGAGCUGUAUAUAAAAACUGUGACUAUUAGAAAUAUAGUGUGCUGUGUAGCUGCUGUUAGACAAAGCCAUUAAAAAGAAAAACUCCAAAAUGACACAUUUGGAGAGGUACCUUGAAUCUAAAUUUAAAAAACCUUAUUUUUAUCAGCAAACUUAAUGUUGGCAUCUCAGUAAUUUUUCUAAUGUAUCAAGAAUUAAGCUAUGCCAGGGAAUAUACACAACAUACUACUUCUGGUAAUGGAAUGUCAGGAGUGACUCUUAUCAGGUCAGGGCAGACUUUUCAUUAGCACUCCAUGUGGAUGUGACAUUGACAGAUAAAAAUCUAGAGUCUGACAGAUGUUUUUCCAGCCAUGCAAUUGCCUCUGAAGUCAACGUGGUCUUUAACACUGUAAGCCUGUUUCAGUUCUGCAUUAACCGGCUGACUUGCCUGACAGGCAGUUAGAGCAUAAACCUUUUCCACUUGCUGUGCUGCUGAGCCUGUCUGCUCUUGCAACUGUUGUCAUGUCUGGAAAACAUCUUAGACUGCUCCUUUCACAGCUCUCCAUCUUGCUGUCUUCUGUAGACUACCAACUUCUGUGUGGUUUAGCUUGGUGCAAAGCUUUAAAAGAGUUUGAAAAUGCAUUGAGACUGACAGUGAGGACAGAAAAAUCUCCUAAAGAAGAGAACAGCCUGAACUCUUGGCCAUGUCUAUCACAGACCACAGCCCCACCACUGGAGUGGUGACUGUCAUUGUUAUCCUGAUCGCUAUCGCGGCUCUGGGAGCCCUGAUCCUCGGCUGCUGGUGCUACCUGCGGCUGCAGAAGCUCAGCCAGUCUGAGGAUGAGGAAAGCAUUGUGGGGGAGGGAGAAACCAAAGAGCCCUUCCUGCUGGUGCAGUACUCUGCUAAAGGACCCUGUGUGGAGAGGAAAGCCAAGCUCACUCCGAACAGCCCUGAAGUACACAGCUAACUUGGAGCAUCACGUGCAGAUGGACUGUAUGCUCAUGUCAUGUGUAACCAGCAGAAGCAUUUCAAUACUGUGAAGAACCUGGUCAUGUGCACACUACUCAUCAGAAGACACCUUAGAUGAGAAUUAAAUAAGCUCUGUUUGCAACUGCAUGCACUGAGAGGUUGCACUUUGCAUCAACUGUGUAUCCGAAUUCCUCUGUGGCAGGAGCUGACUCGCCUGAUGUAAUGUCCAUUGCUGGCAAUGGGCACAGGAAUAUACUGGUGUGAAGAGACUACUACUGUUUUUUGUUACUUGAAUGUUUAGCUGAGCCUAUUUUGAUAGAGCUACUACUGCAAUGUGAUCUACUUUAAAAUUGUGAACUGUAAAUAGGCUGCCAGAAACUUCUUGCUUUUAUGUUCUGUAGCAUAUGGGAAUAUGAUGCAACUGUAUAUAAUACACAGGGGGACUCCUGAACCAUUACCAUGGAUGGGACUCCAGAUCUUCAAAACCAAAUCUGCAGUUAAAGCUUGCUUCUGCUACUAGAUUGGGUGUGCAGCCAUUAAGUCAGAACUCAUCCUUUGAACAGUUUAUUGGAUUGAUGCAGAGUACUUCAUUUGAAAAGAAGGGAUAAGCCUUCAGUAAUAUGCUGAAGGAGGAAACACAGGAGCUGCAAGAAAGGAAGCGUUCCUUUAGCUGCAGCUAUGUUGGUUAAGCUUUUGGAUGCUAGAACUGAGUUCUGUAUGUAGCUACUGCAAGGAAACUGCCAUUUUGAUGGGUUCCAGCCUGGAAACUUAUGAUGGAUACUGAACCCUCAGGAAGAGUCCAGAAGGUUUCCAGGUGUUUGAAAUGGCAGUAGAGCAGGCUUGUCUUCCAUAGGUGUAUGUGCUAAAACUGCAGAAGUGGUUUCUUAGCAAAACUGGCUUAAGUGCAAGUACUAUGAAUUCUUCCUAGAACCCUGGUUUGUGUACUUAGGGUGUAUGUUAACAGCCUGUUAUGAAAAGGCAUUUUAGUCUACAGUCAGACAACUCUAGAAUUCAAUUCAUGUACCUUGUAUAUAACUUUUGAUUGAAUUGUACUACAACAGGAGAAGUUUCAGCCUUUUCUACUGUUGAUAGGGACAAGGGUUAUUGCUGGUCAGUUUGUAAAAGCUUUUAGCUAGCAAUGGCUAAGUCCUUCCAGAUAACAUAACAUUUUCUGCUCUGUGCUGAAGUCCAGCUGUAGGAACUGUAAAAAGGUGUUGAAUGGGAAGUUCUGGACUGCAAAGGUGUGGGGGGAGGAGAAGGAACAACACUGAACAGCCAAUGGCAGCUUACAUAUUCUAAAACUUUGUGUAGGCACACAUGCUUAGAGGUCACUGGCCUGUUUUCUAUUACUUGAUACGUGGCCUCCUUUGAAUCCUGAUAUUUUUAAACACUUAAUUGCCUAGCCUUAAUUCAGCUCCAGGGGAAGCAUCAGACUUGCUUCUCGUACCUGUACAUAUGGAAUAACUCAAAGCCUAGCAAGCUUGCUUGAGAAUUUUGACUAUAUGCAAGACAAGAAUGGUCUAGACAAAAAGUUGUCCUCUUCUUCCCUAAGACGUUGAAUUGCUUUGUUAGUGCUACAUUUGUCUUUUUAAAAUUGAAAGCUGUCAUUUGAAGCAAAAAAAUGCUGUCAGUAGCAAAAAAGUAGCAAAAAGCUCCUGCUGUUGCCUCUUGAGUACAACAUAUGGGGUACAGCUAAUAAUGUUCUUACCCUGACACAUGCUUUUUCAGAUACUGCUUUCAAAGAGACUUGCAUGUAUAGUCAGACCUGUACACUUAAAUUGCUGUAUUUGAGACCUCUUAAAAGCAAAGAAAAAAGGAUUAAGACUUCCUGUAGUUUUCAGUAGAGAACAGUUCACACAUGGCUCUUGUGGUUUCCAGACAGUCAGAAUACCAGUAUACAAAAGUGAUACAAAGUGCUGAAGUUCUAGAACAGAACAGCUGUAGCAAGAUGACUUUGUCCAUUCAAAUUUACUGAUUACACAGAUGAAGUAUCUAUUUUAAUUCAGCAAAGAGAAUGCAGUGUAAAGGGCAAACUUCAGAAAUUAUGGAAAAGUAUAAAUCAAAGGUCUGAUUUCCCUUCUAGCAGCUGUAAGAGAAAACAUGUGAAAACUAACUGGUCCUUAGUCAGAGGUGCUGCACACUGCUGCCCCUCUGAUACAAACCAGUAUCUUUAAUUUAAAUGGAUAGGUGUUUCCAAGUUAGUGCAAUAGUAAAGUGCAGAAAGUGUUUUCCAUUCUUCUCUUAAGAUGGGGCUAUCUAAUAAGUUGUUCAAGUGUACAAAAAUAUUCCAUUUGAUUUUUCUUUUUCCAGAUCAUGUGGGGGAAGAUGUAUUUAUUUACAAUGAAUGUCAAUAAAAUUUGCAUAAAUACCUACCCAA